ACUUUCAUUCUUGCUUUCGAAAAAGUGACCAUGACUUUAGAGGAUGUGGCAAACUUGAUGUUGCUGCCUAUUGUUAGGGAAAAUGAUCCAUGGCACAUAACAUUGACGUCGAAAGAGCUUGCCAUGCAAGUGGCUUUGAAGAAGGUGAUGAGGAAGAACAACAAUGCCUCUUCCCAUUCAGAGAGAGGAGAGUACAACGAGAGAUUUCUUCUAUACCAGCUUGGUCGUGUUACCAAUGGGAAAGCUUUGAAGGAAUAUCCUAUGGUGAAGUGCAAUUAUACCAGUGGAACAGCUCCGUUAGCCUGCUCUUGGAUAGGAAAAAGGCAGAUAAUGCCAAGGACGUUUGGUCCACCCGAAGUGAGCUUUUUCAACAAUACAUUCCCAGCAGUGCUUGGAAACCAGGUUUACGGACUUUAUUGUGGGAGACUCAAGCCAUCUAGAGAUGCUAGCAAUGAUAACACCAUCCAUGCUACCAUGCAUUACAUGGCUGGGGACAUGGAGUUUAGAGUGCUAUUGCCCAAAAAGAGUUGCGAGGCAUGGGCACCCAUUUGUCAACCUGUUCCUGGCAUGACAGAGGAAGUAUAUGGACAGAUUGGAGCUGUUGGUGAAGAACUCGGGCAGAAAGCAACUGGCGGUGUUAGAGCUGGAGAAAAAGUUGGUGAAGCUGUUCCUUCAAAGAGGUCAACUCUAGGUAAGAGGAAAAAUGUUGCUCAUCCAUUCAAAAGCAGAGCAUGCAUGACUUUUACUUCGCCAACUAGCAAACAAGGUAAGGCCAACGUGCCUACACCCUCCAAGGCGAGAGUUACUAAGGCAAAGGAGACGAAUAAUGACAACAAUAGCGAUGAGAGCUCUUGGGGCAAUCCAGAUCCAGAGGUAGGCAUAUUGCUAGGCCUUUCCUUCGUGUGUCUCUUUGUCAUUGUUGACCUCACUGAGGAUCCUUUGACAUAUGGCUUAAUGUUUGUGAGCCUCUUGUCAUGGAGCACGAGUUUGAGGGCCCAAGUCAAGGCCAUCGUGGCAAGAGGCGGCAGCCAUGAUAGCCACGGGCAUGGACGCGGGCACGGACGCGAGCACAAGCGUGACAUGGAACGCUCAAGAGGCAGGCCUUGCAUGGGGUCGCCGUCGAGACACGCAGGCGCGCGCAUGAGCGGCCAAGGGCGUCCAUAUAGUAGUGAUCCUGCAUCCUUCACAACCGAGUCGGUGAAGAAAGCUAAAGCCAAUGAACUUCCGCCACAAAAGCCUUCUAUGGGAAGGCAUGAAGAUUUUAUAUGGCCCGAAAUAGCAAAGAUUCAGCUAGAAGCAAUGGUAUUGAAGCUACGUCCCAUUAAUGAAUUACCUCCUUUCAGGGCUAGCGACUUCGAACUAGUCCCAAGAGGAUUUAUAUCGAAGAAGAAAGUUGUUACUACUGUCGAUGAGAAAGGGAAGAAGGUCACUGAAGAAAUCAACUCUGAUUCCAGCAAUAGCAACAACAACAAAUUCAGUGGCAAUGAUGCCUUGUCUGAAAGUGAGAAUGGUUUCAAACAAGGGGGCAAGGACGUAGGUUUCCGAGGUGGCAUUGACAUAAAUAGAGUUGUCCCCGAGGAAUUAGAAUCUAAUGUGGGCGAUGUUGCGAAGAAAUCCAUCUCCAGUAAAGGUAAAGUGGAUCCUGGCACGUUAGCCAUGAGUUCAACAAAGAAAGUUGUUAGUCCUAACAAGACUGAGCACAAUGGUGAGCCAUCCUCGGUUCCAACUAAGUUAGGUGAGACCGAUGACUUUGCGGCAAGAUUGCUCAAGAAUCUUGCGAGCAAAUUCGCAGUGCUCGCAAUGUUGGAAGCAUGGGCACACGACUUGUUAGAUAUUUUUCCAAAUUUGACAACACGCAGCAAAGCCAAGAAAAUGGUGGUUGAAGACACCUUCUCAAUCCUCUACGCAACCAUGCGACAUAUGGAGGUAACCCUUUUUGAUGAAAUGAAUGAUGACUUCUUCUAUUUGUGUAGGGAUGCCAUUGAUGACGUCGAAAGUAUAAAUUUUGAGGACGAUGUCAUCCACACACAUCUAUCAAAUUUGGCAAAGGCAUACCUUAGGAAGACUAUGUUUGGCAUGGCUGGAAGUGACAUGGUUGAGAGCUUGGAUGAGUGCAUUAAGGAGCAGGCAAAGCAUGUCAAAAAGUUGCAAAAAUCCUUGAUUGAGACGAAAGAGCUUGUGCUCAAGCUGGAAAAGGGACUGGUGUUAACUAAGGGAUACAUGGGAUCACUCAACCAAGAAAAAAAGUGCCUGAGUUCCAAUGGUGCAGUCGAGGUUCACCAAACCUGCAUUGAGGCUGGCAAGGCUUUUAAGGAUGAGCCUGGUCUUUUCCUACCAUGAGCAAUCAUGUGUCCCAGCUUUCUCUUCAUCUCUUAUUCUUCUUCCUUUGUAAUGUGUUCACUAUUGACGAUAUUGCCAUGAUGUAACCCUCUAGUUAUGUUUGUUUUGGAUUGAACAUCUUUAUUUCCAACGAAGUCUAGACCCUGCUACUUGUUUGUUUUCUUGCUUAUAUCUUUCUGAUGUUUUGAGUGUGGCACUUGGACGAAUAGAUUUAUGUUAUUUAC